AGGUUAAACGUGUAUGCACAAUAAAGUAGGACGACUCCGAAUCCAAUUUGUGUCUAGUGCCCUGCUAUUUUAGAGUUUAUCUUCUCAUCCGGUAAGAGCUGAACUGGCACUACACCAAUCAACAAGAACUUUUGUUCGCGUAUUCACAACACCAACAUAGGAAAGCCCGACGUUGCUCACACCAUGUCGUCCUCCACCUCUCCCAAGGCUUCACCCAGUGCCGGCUCCUCUAGCAGCACACUCCCAUGCAAGAUGAUCAGUAUCCCGAACGCGUUGUCUGGCGAAGACGCAGCGGUGACCGUCUCCCUGACCCCAGACGUACUCGCGAAGCAGCUUCCGGUGAAAAAGUUGAAGCAGCUUAUCGCGGAAACAUUUCAACAGCAGAAACUCCACACCUCAAUCACCGGGCGGCCGGUCCAGUGGGAGCAGGUGCAAAUUGUGACGGACGGCGGGGAUGUUCUCGCUGACCACUAUAUGUUGCCGACGCUGGGGCUACAGAAAUUUCCCGACGACGUGAAAUAUUUCGUCAAAACUUUCGAGGCUUUUGAAAACAAGCGGACCCUGCACAAGGCACUGAUGGUGGUUUUGAGCGACCUGUACCAAACAGCUAUGAUUGGCACCGAUGACGAAAUGGCUUUCAGUACUGGCGUCGGCGACGACAAUGUGAUGGCAGAGGAAGACCGGUUCUGGACUCCGAGUGGCUACUUGACUCCGUCCGACUACGAGGGUGAGGAGUCGUACCCACAUCCCGACGUGGAGGAAAUUUUGGACCAUGUGAGAGAGCAGCUGCCAGAAGAGGAGAUCGAGCAACGCUACGGCCCAUUGCGAAUUUGGGACUGUUCGAGGAUCGACUCCCUGUCCUUUCUCUUUCAACAUUUCCGUGGUUUCAACCACGAUAUCUCUGGAUGGGACGUCAGCGGCGCCAAGUAUUUUGAUUGUAUGUUUUGGCAGAGCGAGGACUUCAACCAGCCCUUAGAUUCCUGGGAUGUGUCCAAGGCGGAGACAAUGUUCAUGAUGUUCAGCUGUUGUUACAAAUUCAACCAGCCACUGGGAUCGUGGGACACGUCUAGCGUCAAGCAGAUGUCGGGCAUGUUCGAAAAAUGCAAGAAAUUCAACCAGCCACUGGCAUUGUGGGACACGUCCAACGUGGAGAAUAUGAGUGGGCUCUUCGAAGGGUGUGAAAAAUUUAACCAGACCCUGGAUUCCUGGAACGUCUCGAAGGUAAAACAGAUGGAAUUGAUGUUUUUAGGAUGUAAAAAGUUCAACCAACCGCUGGGCUCCUGGGACACGUCCAAAGUCGGGAGUAUGCACAACCUUUUCCAAGGUUGUGAAAAAUUCAACCAGCCCCUGGACUCGUGGAAUGUUUCCAGAGUGACCAACAUGGCAGAAAUGUUUGCAGGUUGCAAAGCUUUCAAUCAGCCCCUGGCCAAGUGGAACACGGAAAGCGUGACCGAUAUGGCAGGAAUGUUUGCAGGUUGCAAAGCCUUCAAUCAGCCCCUGGCCAAGUGGAACACGAAAAGCGUGGCCGACAUAGAUGGAAUGUUCAGGCAGUGCAGCGCCUUCGGCCAAGACCUGAACACGUGGAAGCUGUCAAAGCUCGAGGACUCCCACGCCGCGCACGACGUCUUCGCAGAUGAGCACCAUUCUGCUUCGAUGACGAAGAGAUACAGCACAAAAAAUGACGCCUCCGCCUCGCCCUACACCGCAAAUCAACCCUACAUCAAGAAGAUGCGCCCGGAGUUUGUCGCCUCGUGGCCACCGGAGGUGAAGAAAUUCCUGCCGAAAGAGCUGCAAUCGAUGAAGUCCCGGACAAUGAAGUGCCAGUCUAGGAUGAACAAGACAAGUUCUGCCGCAAGUAGUUCGUCCUCAACAAUCACCGCUGGUGCGGCAAGCUCGUCCAGCAGCAGCUCCAGUACUAGCGCCAGCUCCUCGGUCAUGAAGAAAAUGCCGCAGCAGGCGAAGACGAAGACUGUCAAGAAGACCAACACUGAGUCGAAAAUGAAGACGAAAACGAAAUCUACCGCAACUUCUACCAUGACCACCACUGCGAUGAAGAAGAAAGCCGCAUUUUCUUCGACAAGCGCCAGUAAUAAAUGCACAGUGAAGAAUGGCAAGAAGAUGAAGACAGCAGCAUCAACCAACAAAAAAGCCAAGGCGGGAGCAGCGGCUGGAAUGAAGAUGAAGAAGGGGAGGUGAAACUCAAGUAUAACUUGCUCAGGUGUUACAAUCUCAAGCGUGACAAUAGAGUCUGGAAUUUGUGUUGCAAGAAGUGCAUGAUCUACCCUACUCCCACAGGAUUGCGCAUGACAAGUGCUGGAGUCCCAAUCCGCACUACAAUCUGGUGAAAUUUGUAUUGCAGAAAGUGGAAUGCUGUCCGAGUCUGUCAUGUUGAUCAUGCAAGACAAGUCUCAGAUUCUAUUGUAACGUUUGAGAUUGUAACGUUUGAGCAAGUCAUAUCAAGCGACGCGCGAAUGGAGGCGAGGAAAUGUUGGGAGAAGACGAGGAAGCAUUGUGGCUCUAUCGCGGUCCUCCUUGGAGGGGACUUGUAUACGUUUUUGUUUUGUAGCAGCUCGAUAUCCCGAACGUGAAUCGAUACCAAAGUCAUUUAUUUUUAAAGUUGAACAGGAGAGACAGAGACUGCUCAUCACUUACUAUAUUUUCUCUUUUAUCUCGUUUAUUUCUGAUACCUUUGCAUCAGCGUGUACAAGCUUUAUAUCGAUUUUGGUUUCCCAGCUGCUGUGAUGUUGAAACUCGAAUUCCCUCCGCUCUAUGACGAACAUAGGUUAACUUUCACUCUUUUUCGAAUUUCCCCUUUGCUCUAUUCGAAUUCCGCCAGCUCCUGUAAGUAGUUUCUGCUCGUCUUCAAAGAGCAAGGUGACCUGUUCGUGCAGCUCGUCGAGCAGAUCAUCGCGACGCCCGUUUUCGCCGACGCGGCACUUAGAUCAUGUCGCGCGGCAAUCCUCUGGGAGUAGGGGUAAACCAGAUUUCCCACUACGUUUUGCAUUCCAGAUUCUUUGCGUAAACGUUUGAGAUUGUAACAACUGAGCUUGAGCAGGCUAUACAUACUGGUGGCGUUGGAUCGAUGAAGUGGGAGCAGUUGCGGCAAUGA